AUGGCUCUUCCACGAGCUUUGCUGCCUGGGAUGGCGCUGCUCUUCGGGGCUUCCGUGCUCAGUUUCGUCGCUCCAAGUCUGCCACAUCUCGGCAUCACAAGAAAGGACCGCGCAGCUUCGCAGUUGGCAGCUUCCAGCAUGCAUGCGGAGAGCCCAGCAGCUUCCACCAGGCAGUGGCAAACCCCCGUUUGGUCUGCUUUGGCUGCCAUGGCAGCCUGUCUUGGAGGUGCCGCACUCCGCCGCUCUGGUGGAAGCGACCGCUGCCAGCGCAGAGAUGCAAUGCUUGCGGCCGGAUCCUCUUUCUUCAUGCCUCAGGCAGCUUGGGCCCAGUACCAGAUGGAGGACAGGUUGGCUUACUUUCGUGAGAAGGCACGUGUCUUGAACUUUGCGGCGGACUGGUACUUGUUCGACGUGAAGCCUUUGGUGCACCCCACGGAAAACAUAGUCAGCGAAGAGAUGUGCAAGGAGAUGGGCGCUGCAUGCCCGGACGUGAAGUCACUGCAGAACCUCCGCGAAAUGUACAAGGGUAACGUCAGUCAGAAUGCUGGCGCCGGUGCCUCCAUUUCAUCCUUUGAGCGAAACAUCCUCUACCCCAUGAAGGAUGUGUCCCUGAGCAAUGCUGUGGAUCCAGACACUUCUGAGGAGUUGCAGCAGAUCUUUCAGAAGUUCGAAGUGAACCAGUAUCAGCUGGGCAAGGCUGCACGGGAGGAGAACAUUGCCACCGCAAGGCAGAAGUUUGAUGAGGGCCGCCUGCUGAUGAACCAGUUCUUCACAAAGGUUGACGAGAGCGUCGGACUGAAGUUCGGUGAUGCUGCGACCCGAGAUCCUCCGAAAAGGCAGCUUUUACAGUACAAGCAGCUAUGA